AUGCUUAGCUUGACCUCUGUCAAUAUUUCUGACAAUGAACUGGAUGGUUCUCUUCCGAAUAUCAAGGCCUUUAAGGAUGCUCCACUUGAUGCAUUGAAAAACAACAAAGGGUUAUGUGGUAGUAACAGUAAGGGUUUAAAAUCAUGUGAUUCCUCUGUUUUGAUUAGAAGAAAACUAGGCAAGAAAAAGCUUUUGCUCGUAAUCCUACUUCCAUUGAUUGGUUCCUUGUGUCUUUUAUUCAUUCUUUUAGCAAUUUUAUUUCGACUUCGAAAAAAAUUGGUAAGAAAUGUCGCGCCUACAGAGCAAGCUACAACUGCAAAUACCAAAAAAAAUUUGUUUUCUAUGUGGAAUUACGAUGGCAAAAUAGUGUUUCAAGACAUAAUUGAAGCAACCGAGGAUUUUGAUGCUAAAUACUGCAUUGGAACGGGAGGAUAUGGGAGCGUUUAUAAAGCAGAGCUGUCAACAGGUCAAAUUGUUGCCGUGAAGAAACUUCACUCGUCAGAUGAAGAUUUUGAGUUACUUGAUCUCAAAUCAUUUGAAAGGGAAGUUCACGCAUUGACAGAAAUCCGACACCGAAACAUUGUGAAACUUUUUGGUUUUUGUUCUAAUAUAGAAAGGAGGAUCUCAUUUUUGGUUUAUGAGUUUGUGGAAAGGGGAAGUUUGAAAAAUGUUUUACGUGAUGGGGAACGAGCAAUGGGGUUCGAUUGGAUAAAGAGGGUGAGAUUCAUAAAGGGAACAGCUAGUGCACUUGCUUACAUGCACCAUGAUUGCAUUCCAGCAAUAGUUCACAGGGAUAUAUCUAGCAAUAAUAUUUUGUUGGAUGCUGAAUAUGAAGCUCACAUUUCUGAUUUUGGUACGGCGAGGAUUUUGAAGCCAGAUUCAUCAAAUUGGACUUCACUUGCAGGGACCUAUGGAUAUGUUGCUCCAGAGCUUGCAUAUACAAUGAAGGUGACAGAAAAGUGUGACGUUUAUAGCUUUGGGGUGAUCAUACUAGAAGUACUAAUGGGUGGGCAUCCAUCUGAACUCAUCACAUUAAUCUCGCAAAUUCUUCUGCAAUCUUCAUCUACGAGUAAUGUCGGGCAAAACACAAAAUUAAGAGACAUUUUGGAUCAGCGCAUUGGAGCACCACCAGAUGUUGUUCAGAAGGAAAUAAUGUGUAUUGUGAAAGUUGGAUUUUCAUGUCUACGUGGUGAUCCACUUACUCGUCCGAUUAUGGAAGAAAUAUCAGCACAGCUAUCAUCAUCAACUCAAAGCAUCACAUCUUUGCCGAAGUCCUUUGAAACUAUUACUUUAACAGAUCUACUCAUGUCAGAAUAG